AUGCUUAGAUGUAUCAUACGAGGUGCUCCUCGAUGUUCUAAAUUAAUCACAAGAAGACCAAUAAUCCAUAGUUAUUAUGUUAUACGACGAGUGGAUACUGGGCUUGGAAAAAAGUUUCAAAGUACAUCAUCAACAGAAAAACCAAUAAUAAGAUCAGAUAAAACUCAUCUAGAAAUCCCCAAACAGGAAUCAUUUAAAGAAGGUAAAGGUAUAGGGCUAAUAGCGACACAUGAUAUUCAACAUAAUAAACCACAACCACCAACUCUGGAAAAGUCAAGUAACGAUCAAAUAUAUAAAAGUUUAAGUCAAAUACCAUCAUCACAAACUUUUAUUUUACAAAAAUAUUUUGAAUAUGAAUGGAUCAAGGCAACAAAGAAUUUGAAGCUUGAAUCUUCUAAAGAAAUACUUUUUCACAUAGGGAAUGGCUCGAAAGUUAAUUAUGAAACAACAAAAGAUGAUACCAAGAUAAUAUCAAGAUGUUUUAUAAAUGAUGAAUUAUUUGGUAUUGCUAAUGGUGAUACUAUUGAAGAAGCUGAAUUUAAAGUUGCAAUGAGUGUACUUCUUGAAAAGAAAGACAAGAUUUUAAAUGAAUUUUGGUUUCCAAUAAGUAUAAACAAAUUAAAACGAACCAAGACUGGGAAACGUACUGCAUUUUCUAUAAAGUAUCAUAAAUUUUUAAAAUCAUUUUAUCAAAAAAAACUUGAAGAUGAUUCAAAAUUAAAAGAAUUUUUCCAAUAUAGAUUAAAAGUUGCUAGAUCAGGGUUGAAUGAAAUCACAGCCAAAAUGAAAUUAUUCAAUCUAUUCAAAGGAAUAAUUAGAGAUACAUCAAUAAAGUACACAGUAAUAAUGGCAAAAAAACAUGAAAAUAACGAAGUUCAAGUUGAAGUGGAAUGUUAUAUGAAUAAAGUUUUAAUUAGUACUGGUAUUGGUACAAGUAUUAAAACUUUUACUAAACAUGCAGAGAUUUCAGCUGGAAGAAGAGCUGCAAUUAAUGCUUUAAUGAAGAAUGAAGAUGAAUUAUUUGAUUUAUGGUUACCAAUGGUGAAGAGGUUAUUAGAUUCGAAGAAUAAGGAAAUUAAAAGUUCGUCAUUUUUCAUUGAAUAUGUUAAAUUUUUAGAAAGAUCAGAAAAUGAGAUGAAUGAAGAAUUAAAUACAUAG